AUGCAAAUUCGAGUACGUUCCCAUAAUAUUAUUACACAUUUACCUGGUCCUAAACAAAAUGCACGUAAUGCCAAAUUUGAAAUUGAUUGUUUAAAAUUAUUUAUAAACGAGAAUGUAAUUCGCUUAAUCACCAUUUCGACAAAUAUAUACAUUGAAAGUAUAAAAGCAAAUUUUCAACGUGAAUCUGACGCUAGAUUGACUGAUGAGAGAGAAAUUAAUGCAUUUAUUGGAAUUUUAUUUUUGAUUGGGGCUUUAAGGUGUGCGAGAAAAAAUGCUCAUCAAAUUUGGGAUAAUUCUAGAGGUAGUGGAGUUGAAGCAUGUUAUUUAGUAAUGAGUGAAAAACGUUUCAGAUUUUUAGUUAGAUGCAUCCGUUUUGAUGACAUAAAUAAUAGAAAUGAAAGAAGAGAAAUCGACAAAUUAGCACCUAUAAGAGAAGUAUUUGAAUACUUUAUUGUGAAUUUUCAAAAUAAUUUUAUAGCAAGUGAAUAUCUAACGGUUGAUGAACAAUUAUUAGCGUUUAGAGGUCGUUGUUCAUUCAAACAAUACAUUCCUAGCAAACCGGCCAAGUAUGGAUUAAAAAUGUUUGCGUUAGUUGAUGCCAAGACAGCUUAUACAUUUAAUCUUGAAGCUUAUGUAGGUACUCAACCUGAAGGGCCAUAUAAAUGUAAAAAUUCUGGUGAAGAUAUUGUUCUUAGACUUGUACAACCAGUAGAAGGAAGUAACAGAAAUAUUACCGCUGACAACUGGUUUACAAGUUUUCCACUAAUAAAAAAAUUAAAACACAAUAAAAAAUCAACAUAUACAGGCACUAUAAGAAAAAAUAAAAGAGAGCUACCAUCAGAGUUUUUACCAAAUAAAAAUAGAGAACUGCAAAGCUCGAUUUUUGGAUUUCAAGAAGAUUAUACAUUAGUGUCAUAUUGUCCCAAAAAAAAUAAAGCUGUAUUAGUUGUGUCAAGUAUGCACAAUGACGACACAAUUGACGAAGAAAAUCAUGCAAAAAAACCUGAAAUGAUUACUUUUUAUAAUAAAACUAAGAUCGGUGUUGACUUAGUAGACCAACUAUGUGAAAAAUACAAUGUGACUAGGAAUACUCGUAGAUGGCCAAUGGUUAUUUUUUAUGAUCUACUGAACAUAUCUGCUAUAAAUGCUAUUUGUAUAUACAAAUUAACAAGAGGAAAUUAUUACCAAGAAAAAUAA